UAGUCCUUCAUAUGAUGGGAAUCCCAUGUGAGAUUCACUAAUUAGAUCUAUGAGAUAAUACUACCAGUCACACCUACAAACUUAUUCAGAAUAUAUUUAGCCAUACAACCAGUAAAAUCCACUGUUUUGGCUAGAUUUCUUUCUAUUGGUUAUUUUUUCUCUGGCUUCUCAUGGCCCUGAGGCUAAAGCGAAGGCGAGAACUGAGCAGACUGAGGACUGAGGAGAGCAGAGCACGCUGGAGAUCGACUGUUAUCACCGUGUGCUGUGUGCUAGUCAUACUAGCGACCUUGAUAGUGGGGUUAUAUUUUACCGUCAGGAUCGUGAAUAGCAAGUUUUUCUUCUGCUCUGGCUCACUGAAGUUCAUCUCAAUAGAAAAGGCAUGUGAUGGAAAGGCUAACUGUGCAGGCGGUGAGGAUGAAAUCACAUGUGUAUCCAAACUGCGGACCACUGACACUUAUCCAGUGAGGCUGAUGGGGGACAGACUGGUCCUGCAGGUAUUCAUUAAUGAGGGAGGAUGGAGAACAGUGUGUGCUGAUAACUGGAGGACAAAGCACACACGGUUAGCCUGUCAACAACUGGGCUAUACAGUGAGUCCACGAAGUACACGAGUCCCGGUAAAGAGUCUGCUCUUCAACCCUCAAGAUGCAUUUGCUACAGUCAGCCAAAAUUCCACACACUCUGACAUCCAGAGUUUCCUCUUAGUCAGUGACCGAUGUUUAUCUGGCUCUGUGGUGUCUGUGUCCUGCUCAGACUGUGGAGAGGUGGUGGGAGAGGACCGUAUUGUUGGUGGAGUGGACACAGCAGUCGAACACUGGCCGUGGCAGGUUAGUCUUCAGUGGAACCAGCAGCAUGUCUGUGGAGGAGCAUUACUUUCCAAGCGCUGGGUCAUAUCAGCUGCUCACUGUUUCACAGGCAGGACACGAGAGCUGAGUCGAUGGACUGUGGUGUUGGGUCAGACCAAAGUGUUGGGAUCCAGGGGUGUCAGUGUCGAUACGAUUGUUGUCCACAAUAACUACAGUCACUUGAGUAAUGACUUUGACAUUGCCAUGCUAAAACUCACUUGGCCUGUCACUGUUGGAGACUCAAUUUUGCCAGUUUGUUUACCCCCACACCAGCUGUCUGUGAAGGAGAUGCUUGUGGUGACUGGGUGGGGAUUGCUCAAGGAGAAAGGUGAGCUUCCCUCUGUGCUACAGAAAGCUUUGGUGCCCCUGAUUGACAGAUCAGAGUGUUCCAAGCCCUCUGUUUACGGUUCUGCAAUAACUCCCAGAAUGCUUUGUGCAGGAUUCCUCAAAGGAAACAUAGAUGCUUGUCAGGGGGACAGUGGGGGUCCGCUAGUGUACCUUUCAUCUCGUUGGCAGUUGAUGGGUAUAGUGAGCUGGGGAGUGGGCUGUGCACGGGAGGGAAAACCUGGAGUUUACACUGAUGUUAGUCAACUUCUCAACUGGAUCUACACCGUAAUGGAGAGAUGGCCAUGAGAAGGUGAACCAUGGGCGCAUAAAUUCAUGCUUUCGUGACAUCGGAGGAAAGCCAAAUCUCAGACGAGAACAGAAAUCUUGAUUCUAGAUAUUGUUCAAUUUUAUAAUCAUUUCGACAUAAGUAUUAUGUAAAAAAACAUCAUGCUUUUUUUAGUCUCACUGUUCACAUUUCCUGUAAAUUUACUGUUCAUUGUAAAGCUGUACUUUCGGUUUUAAUUUUUUUUUCCUGACCAAAAGCAAAAAAUAAAUAAAAUAAUAAAGCUCUUCCUUC